CACUGUAUUUAUCUCUACAAUUAUACUGAUCAGAUCGAAAAUGAACGUGUUUACUAAACUCGCCACUUUUUAACCAACAUGUCUGUAGUGAAAAAGUGGUGGGACAAAAAUGAUACUACUGCGAAAAGGUAUUCGUCUGUCGAUAUACAGCCUAUUGAUGGGUAUUUACAAGAGAAAUUCUCUCAUGGAGUUGACUAUAAUAUGAAAAUUGUUAUUCGUGGUGAUCGUAAUGUUGGGAAAUCUACUUUACUUUCACGUUUAAAAGGUGAACAAUUUAAAGAAGAAUACAUUCCAUCCGAUGAAAUUCGAUUGGCUAACAUUCAUUGGAAUCAUCAAAAUUCUCAAAGUGUAAUUAAAGUAGAAGUUUGGGAUGUUGUUGAUAGAGGCAAACCUAGGAGUAGUGUUUCGAAAGGUUUUAAACUUUUCAACAAAUUAACAAAAGGUCCACCUGGUAUCAAUAUCAGUGGACCAGCUGGGAAAAUUGAACCAUGUCUUGAUGCAAGUUUUAUUAAUGUCUACAAAGGUGCACAUGGUGUUAUCUUAAUGAUGGAUAUGACAAAAUCAUCGACAUUUGAUUAUGUUUGUCGUGAACUUGUACAAAUUCCUUCAAAAUUACCUGUAUUAAUUAUGUCAAAUUUUCAUGAUCUACAAGACCAACGUAAAAUCACUGAAGAACAAGUUCAAACGUUUCUCAAUAAUUUUAUUCAACAAUCAAAUCAGCAUAAUGUGAUAUCACAUGAAAAAGUCAAUGAAUUAUCAACAAAUAUGCAUACACAAAAUUCCAUAUCGAAUUCGGUUCGUUCUAUACCUGUACAAUAUUGUGAAUCUUCAAUGAAAACCGGUUUAGGUUUAAUGUAUGUGUAUAAAUUUUUGAAUAUACCAUUUUUAUGCUUACAACGUGACGUACUACAAUAUCAAUUAAAACGUAAUCAUGAUGAAAUGAUUCAUAUUUUACAUGAAUUAAGUCCAAAAACUGAUAAUCAAACACCAGAACAACGUUUCAGUUAUAUUAAUUCUAAUCAAAAGAGUACAAUUAAUGAAUCAUCUUCAUCACAACUAUACUCUACGUCUCCUUUUCCGAUGAUGACCAAAGAUAAUGUUGCAAACUCUCCAACUAAUCUAACUGAAACAAGUAAGACAUCAAAAAUACCAACAACAACAACAACAAUGACUUCUUUAUAUUCAUCUAAUGUGACCAACCACAACAUCAUCAACACCAACAACAAUGUUCAUAUGAAAAGAGAUGAAUCUAACGAAGAAUUGAAACACAAUCCAAUGGUGAUAGCAUUCACGGAAGAUAUUGAUCCUGCCGAUAAUGAAAUAUAUUAUCUUAAUAACAAUAUUACUACUACUGCUACUACUACUUAUAAUGAUAAUAAAAUUAUUGAUUCCGAAUCACCUACCGGAUCAUUUACAACAUUUACUCAGAAUAGUGAUAAUGACAAUGAUAUUUGUAAUGUGACUGAUGAGAAUUUGUGUUUUGAAAAAACUAAAAAUUUUCCCCAUGAAACUAUGGAUGAAAUACAAUUGAAUUUACGCUUAACACAAGCUAAUUUGGAUUACUCACAUCAGAUCAAUCGGUCCAAAUUGAAAACAACAGAUGGUACGAUGGUGAAUUCUGGACAACUAGGAGAAUUCGAGCCUAGACAAACUAACAGCACAAAUGAACAGGACAAAGCUGCAUUCAAAACAAAUAUAACAAACGAUAAAAGUUUGUCUAUAUCUAAUGAAAAUAUUAUUAUACUACCGACAGAUAAUGAUGCUUUGGAAAAAUUUCUUGAAGAUAACUAGUAGAAAAAAAACAAAACAAUUUUUAAACUGCUUUUUUUUCUUCUGGUUAUUCUUCCAGUGGGAAUUGUAAC